GACGGACCUGAGCUUCCCAGCCUCUAGUAAAAUGUUCUCUCAAUGCCAAUGGUUGAACACAGACCAGAGACUGCAACGCUAGCCAUUAAGCAUGUGCCUGUCUCUGUCUCUUUAUUUGAGAAUUAGUCAUGGCUCAUUAGUCAAUGCAACUGACUCCGUCAGCCUCCUAGCAAUUUCAGGCGUGGUGCCUGCCUGCCUGUUGAAUAUAAAUAUAAAUCAGUUGCGUCUCUAGCUUGUGCUGCGGUGCUGCCUAGUCUUGCCUUCUACCAAGGGUGUGCCACACAUCAAACACCAUUGAUAGAUAGAUACUGAUGACUGCUUCCUUGGAACAAUCUCCUAUUUAAAAGCUGUGUGCAUACCAGGCACUCAGGCAGCACAAAGGUCGACGAGUUAGGAAGGAUGGCCUUUCUGGUGCCGUUUCUGCUGGGUCUUUCCUCUGUCCUCGCCGCGUGGAUCUACUCUGAAUUCCUGGGAUACAGGGCAUCAUCGUCUCAUGAAAAAGUCCACUCGGAUGUUCACGUCGGCGAUAAAACCAUCAAAGAAAAUGACAGGGCGGUCCUACUUGAAGAAGGUGAAUCUAAACCGCCAUCGACAAAGGCACCCAACAUGUCUGCCAGAGCCAAAUUAAUACGGUUUAUUACGUUGGACGAGUCCUUUCUUGUUGGAAACCGCGCCACACUGAGAGCCAUAGCUGAAUUCGGCAUUAUUCUUGUUUACUUUUACACCUGUGAUCGGACCAACAUAUUUGCAGAGAGCAAGAAGAACUACAACCGCGACAUGUUUCUGUUUCUUUACAUUCUUCUUGUCGUCGCAUCAACGAUUACCUCACUCAAGAAGCACCCUGAAAAUUCAGUAGUUUCAGGAAAGACCGUUUUCUAUCUUAAUCGCAACCAAACUGAUGAAUGGAGAGGGUGGAUGCAGGUCUUGUUUCUGAUGUACCACUAUUUCGCUGCCUCGGAAAUAUACAAUGCAAUCCGUGUGUUCAUUGCUUGCUAUGUCUGGAUGACUGGAUUUGGGAAUUUCUCAUACUACUACAAGAAGAAAGAUUUCAGUAUCGCAAGAUUUGCUCAGAUGAUGUGGAGGGUAAAUUUCUUUGCCAUGUCCUGUUGCAUGGUCCUUGACAAUGACUACAUGUUGUACUAUAUCGCUCCGAUGCAUACCCUGUUCACUCUUAUGGUGUAUGGAUCACUGUUUGUUCUCAACAAGUACAAUGAGAUCCCAUCAGUCAUGGCCAUUAAGAUCGCAGGCUGCCUCUUGACUGUCAUUCUGAUAUGGGAAAUUCCUGGUGUGUUUGAAAUUUUCUGGGCACCAUUUACGUUUCUGCUAGGUUACAAAAACCCAGAGCCUUCUAAGAUGAACUUACCCCUGUUACACGAAUGGCGCUUCCGCUCUGGCCUUGAUCGUUACAUAUGGAUCAUUGGAAUGAUUUAUGCUUACUUUCACCCCAACGUUGAAAGAUGGAUGGAAAAGCUGGAAGAAUCUGAGACUAAGGUGAGAGUGUUAAUCAAGGGAACCAUUGUUACAGCUUCCUUAAUGGCCGGCUAUCUGUGGUACGAAUAUAUCUACAAGCUGGACAAACAUACAUAUAACAAGUACCAUCCCUACACGUCGUGGAUUCCAAUAACUAUCUAUGUCUGCCUACGCAAUUGCACCCAACAGUUGAGGAGUACCCAUUUGUCUCUUUUUGUUUGGCUUGGCAAAAUUACAAUGGAGAGUUAUAUUUCUCAGUUUCACAUUUGGCUCAGGUCUAGUAUUCCGAACGGACAGCCAAAGUUGCUUCUAUCUUUCUUACCAGAUUAUCCGAUGCUUAACUUUUUGCUUACUACGACGAUAUUUCUGUCGGUAUCAUUCCGGGUGUUUAAGCUCACAAACGUACUGAAAGAGGCAUUUAUCCCCACCAGGGACAACAAGUGUCUAUAUCAAAAUUUUAUUGCUGGAGUUGCAGUCUUUGCAUGCCUAUAUUGCAGCUCAUUAUUCUUCAAAACCUACCAACAGUAUAGCUGAUACAUAGACUCUAAAUCUUAGCUAUCUCAUGUAGCUCAACUCAGAAAGCACAUUGUUUUUCCUGGGAUGGAGAAAUUCCAAGUAAUUAAGUGAACUUGUUAAUUUGUUUCUUUUGUAUGUAUUUCCAAGUAAUUGCGUGUUUUUAGAGACAUCCAUAGUCGUGUCCUUAGUUUUGGUGGUUUUAACUGCCUAUGUAAACAAAACAACAAGUCUUGUAAAAUCAGUUCUAUAGUAGUGUUCUACUUUAGUUAAGCUUUA